AUGGGGGUAUCGGAGCUGUGGAGCCGGGGCUUCGCGCUCUUCCCGGAGGCGGGGGCGGGAGAGGAGGAGGAGGAGGCGACGGACGGGGCGGCGACGCGCGGGGCGCGGGCGUCGGCGCCCCACGGGACGGACGACCGCGGCGGCGCCGGCGGUCGGCCGCGGUGGGGAAGCACCGCCGAGUUCAUCCUCGCGGCGAUCGGUUCCGCGGUGGGCCUGGGUAACCUGCUGAGGUUCCCGUUCAUGGUGUACAAGCACGGCGGAUGCGCGUUCCUCGUGCCGUACGCCCUCGCCGUCGUCUUCCUGGGCGUGCCCAUCCUCGCCAUGGAGCUCGCGCUGGGGCAGGUGGCGCAGAGCGGCUGCGUCGACGCCCUCGCGGCGAUGCACGCCAGGGCGUGGGGCAUAGGAGCCGCCGCGACCGCGGGCGCCUUCCUGCUCGCGAGCUACUACUGCGCCGUCCUGGCGUGGGCGUGGUGCUUCCUGGCGGCGACGUGGCAGCCGACGAUGCCGUGGAGCGACGGCAGGGCGGCGGCGUUCUUCGUCGACGACGUCCUCGCGCGAUGGGACGCCGACGGGACAGCUGUGUCAUCACACGGACGAUCCGACGACGUGGACGAAUCCGGCGCGAUAGCCGCCUUCGCGCGAAAAGGCCUCGGCCCGAUGAACUGGUGGCUCGUGCUGGGACUCACGCUGACGUGGGCGCUGUGCUUCUCCUGCGUCAAGAGGGGCGCGGAGAGCGCGGGCAAGGCGGUGUGGAUCACCGUCCCGUUGCCAUACCUCGCGUUGUUCGUCUUAUUUUUUAAAGGCGUCUUCGCGCCGGGAGCCGGCGCGGGGAUCACCGCGUACCUCGGGACGAUCGAGUUGGCGACGCUCGGUCGAGGCGAGGCGUGGAUCGACGCCGUGGCUCAGAUAUUCUUCGGCCUGUCCGUGUGCUGCGGCGCCAUGCCCGCGUACGCCUCCAACUGUUCGAGAAACGAACGGUGCGGCGCCAACGCCAUUCGCGUCGCCGUCGCCAAUUCGCUCACGUCGCUCCUCUCCGGAUUCGUCGUGUUCGCCUUCCUCGGGCACCUCGCGAUGACACGUGGCGUGGACGUGGCUGACGUGGCGGAAGGGGGUUGGUCCCUCGCGUUCGUCGUGUACCCGAGCGCGUUCGCGUCGUUCGGCGUCCCCGGGGGCCAUAUCUUCGCCACGUUGUUCUGGGUAGCCGUCUUAACCCUCGGCGUGGAUUCCGCGUUUGCGCUGACCGAGGCGGUGGUGUGCGCAGUUUGCGACCGGUCGGUUUACUGCGCCGCCAACCGGGGUUUCGCCGCGUUUUGCGUGUGUUUUCUGUGCUGGUGCCUCGGGCUGACGAUGUGCACCAGGGGCGGGUACUACGUAGUCGACAUCGUCGACGCGUACGUGUCCCGUUACACCCUGACCAUAGCCGGACUCGCCGAGUGCGUCUUCGUGGGUUGGGUGUACGGCGCGGAACGGUUGCGGGACGAGACCCGCGCCGUGUCCGGGCACGCGUUCAUGGGCGUAGGGUCCUAUUUCCCGGUGACGAUCAAGUACGUCGUGCCGGUCGCUUUGGUGACGAUGCUUUCCUAUCAAAUCGCGGCAGAGGCGAGGGAAGCGUACGGAGGGUACCCCCGGUGGGCGACGAACUCGUUCGGGUGGGGGCUGUGCGUGGCGACGCCGCUGAGUUUGGCGUGCGUGGGCGCGGCGAGGCCGCUCGACGUGGGGCGGAAGUUUUGCGACAGUUCUUAUUCUUUGGGGGUGUUCGACGACGGCGCGCAAGCGAGGAGGACGACGCGGGUCACCGACGGGGUUCGAACCCUCGAGCGCGGGGAGGUGGAGAUGGGACCGAGUCCCGGGAUCUGA